UCGAACAACAAAGCUCAUACAUUAUUUGUUUUCUCUCAGUCUGCAUAUGUCUUUAGUUCAAUCAAUAACAAGUCGAUCGUUGAAUAACUAUUAAAAGUGCAUUUACACUGACAUGAGUUUGAUCCAAAAAAAUACUUCGAAUAUUUUGGUUUUCUACGUCAAUGGAAAAAAAGUAGAAGAUCAUAAUGUAGACCCGGAAUGGACGCUACUGCAGUAUUUGAGAUUUAAGCUGCGUUUAUGUGGUACAAAGUUAGGAUGUGGUGAAGGAGGAUGUGGAGCUUGUACAGUGAUGGUCACAAGAUUUGACAGAACAAAAAAUACGGAAAUCCAUAUACCUGUAAAUGCAUGUUUAGCUCCAGUAUGCUCUAUGCAUGGUCUAGCCGUCACUACAGUAGAAGGAAUUGGCUCUACCAGAACAAGAUUACACCCUGUACAAGAAAGAAUAGCCAAGGCACACGGAUCGCAAUGUGGAUUCUGCACUCCGGGUUUUGUGAUGUCGAUGUACACCCUGCUCAGACAAACCAAGAACCCAAAUUUGGAAGACUUGGAAGAAGCGUUUCAGGGUAACUUGUGUCGGUGUACAGGGUACAGACCUAUUUUGGAAGGGUUCAAAACAUUUGUUGAACCAUGGGAAUCAAAAAGAAAUGGUUCCAUCAUCAAUGGGAAUGGUAAUGGAGUUUGUGGGCUUGGUAAUAAAUGCUGUAAAAUGAAUGGCAACGUUGAAAAGGAUGAUACUGAAAAUACUAAGAAAGAACGACUAUACCAUGCAGAAAAAUUUACACCCCUUCACCCAUCUCAGGAACCCAUUUUCCCUCCAGAAUUAAAACUUAGUGAUGAUUAUGAUCAACAGUAUUUGAUAAUCAAAGGUCCAAAUGUAACUUGGUAUCGACCCACAAAUCUUCAGCAACUCUUAGAUCUGAAAUUUGAACAUCCAGACGCCAAGAUCAUCGUGGGCAAUACUGAAGUCGGUGUUGAAGUUAAAUUUAAGAAGAUGUCUUAUCCUGUGUUGAUUAAUCCUAGUUUCGUUGAUGACCUGAAUGUUUUACAAGAAACAGAUUAUGGUGUAAGAAUUGGCGCAUCAGUAACAUUGACAGAAACAAGGCAGUUCUUGAAGGAACAAAUUAGGAAACAUACUGAAGAAAAAACUCGGAUAUUCAAAGCAAUAGUCGAUAUGCUGUUUUGGUUUGCUGGAAAACAAAUUAGAAGUGUUGGGGCUAUAGGAGGGAAUAUAAUGACUGGAAGUCCGAUAUCAGAUAUGCUACCUUUACUUAUGGCUACCAGAGUUGAAUUGGAGGUUAAUCACAAAAUGACGGGUCCAAAAAUGGUUGUUCUGGAUCAGAAUUUCUUUACAGGAUACAGAAAAACUAUUAUUUCCCCUGACGAAGUCCUCCAAGCCAUCCGUAUACCAUUCUCAACAGAAAAUCAGUAUUUUAAAGCUUACAAACAAGCUAGAAGAAGAGAAGACGACAUAGCUAUAGUCAAUGCUGCCAUUAAUGUUAUUUUUGAAAGAAACUCCAGUAUUAUUUCCGAUAUUCGCAUGGCAUUUGGGGGAAUGAGUUUCAAGACAGUCACAGCUCCAAGAACCGAGAGAAAUCUUAAAGGUAAAUCUUGGUGUAAGUCAACUUUAGAGCAAGCUUAUUCGGAUUUAUUGCAAGACUUGCCUCUGGAUCCUUCAGCGCCUGGUGGAAUGAUACAAUACAGAAAGUCCUUGGCUUUGAGUCUCUUUAAAAAAGCUUUCCUAUCUAUUUGUAAGGAUCUACUUAAGAAGUCUAUUAAAACGGAUUUGGAACUACAAGAAUUUGAUGCUGCAGAUGAACUUAGCCAUGUUGAGCAAAAAAGUUCACAGUAUUUUACUUUAGUACCUGAAAAAGAAGGAGGUUUUGAUACUGUUCACAGACCAGUAGUUCAUAUGUCGGCGUUUAAGCAGGCAUCAGGGGAGGCAGUAUAUUGCGACGACAUGCCGUUUUUCGAAAACGAAUUGAGUCUAGCCUUCGUGACCAGCACAAGACCGCAUGCUAAAAUCCUUUCCAUAGACCGAUCGAAGGCUUUGAAGGUGCAGGGAGUCUGUGGUUUCGUCAGUGCCGAAGAUAUUAGACCCGGAGGCAAUGUCUGGGGCUGCAUCGUACACGAUGAAAAAGUAUAUUACAGUGACGAGGUCACUAGUCAGGGACAAAUUAUCGGAGCUGUAGUUGCUGAAACCCAGGCCAUAGCCAAAAAAGCCGCCCAACUAGUCAAAGUAGAAUACGAAGACUUGAGUCCUGUUAUAAUAACCAUAGAAGAAGCCAUAGAACAUAAGUCGUUUUUUGGGGAUCCACAUAGAAUAAUUGAACACGGAAGCAACCUAGACGAGGUUUUUAAGAAUGCUCCUCACGUUUUGGAAGGAAGAUGUAGAAUUGGAGGUCAGGAACAUUUUUAUUUUGAGACUCAGGGUUUGAUAGCAGUGCCUAGAGGUGAAGAUGACGAGAUGGUUAUCUAUUCUUCAACGCAGAAUCCGUCAGAGAUUCAGCAAUUAGUAGCUGAAGUCUUAGGCAUUCACCAGAACAAAAUCACUUGUGAAGUCAAACGUUUAGGCGGAGGUUUCGGUGGUAAAGAAACCAAAGCAGCGGCCACUGCAGUGUCAGUGGCCGUAGCUGCCAAGAAGUUCAACCGACCAAUCAGGUGCAUGCUGGACAGGGACGAAGAUAUGUUGAUUACGGGAGGGAGACAUCCUGCUCUGAUGAAAUACAGGGUAGCAUUUGACAAGAGAGGAAAGAUAUUGGGUUGUGAGGCGGAGAUAUACGUCAAUGGAGGGUAUUCACUGGAUUUAUCCAGAGGCGUCUGUGAAAGAGCCAUGACCCACUUUGAAAAUUCCUACCACUUCCCAGUUUGCAAAGUAACCGGUUGGAUCUGUAAGACAAAUAUUCCCUCCAACACAGCUUUUAGAGGGUUCGGAGGACCUCAAGGAAUGUUUUUAGCCGAAUCUAUGGUUCAACAAAUAGCGGAGUAUCUUGAAGUGGACAGAGAAACAGUGAGCGAAAUAAACUUGUACUCCACUGGUCAUUUGACGCCUUUCAACCAAACUUUGGAGAACUGUACCGCGGACAAAUGUUGGAAAGAGUGCGAGAAAAUGUCGGAAUUCUUUAGACGAAAGGAACUUGUAGAAAAAUUUAACAGGCAACAUAGAUAUAAAAAACGAGGUAUUUGUAUGCUGCCAACGAAAUUUGGAAUAGCGUUUGGAGCGACGUUUUUGAACAAAGCCGGUGCUUUGGUUAAUGUUUACGUAGACGGUUCUGUGUUAGUACACCAUGCAGGUAUAGAAAUGGGACAAGGUCUAAUCACAAAAAUGAUCCAAGUUGCAAGCAAGGCACUGGAAAUACCAAUUGAAAAAAUUCACACCAGAGGCUACAGUUCUGAUAUCAUACCUAACACAAGUCCCACUGCUGCCAGUACAGGCAGUGAUUUGAAUGGAAUGGCUGUUCUGAUUGCUUGUAAUAAAAUUAAAGAACGUCUUGGACCAUACAAGAAGCAAAAUCCUAAUGGAAAAUGGGAAGAGUGGGUUAUCACCGCAUACCGUGACAGGGUAAAUCUCUCAGCCGAGGGUUUCUACAUAACACCGGACAUUGGUCAUGAUUGGGACACAAACCAAGGCAACCUCUACAACUACUUCACUUACGGAGCAGCUUGCAGUGAAGUAGAAAUUGACACUUUGACAGGCGACCACAAGGUGCUGCGUUGUGAUAUUGUCAUGGAUUUAGGAGAAAGCCUGAACCCAGCUAUCGAUGUAGGGCAAAUCGAGGGUGCCUUCAUGCAAGGCUAUGGUCUGUUUGUUCUAGAGGAGUUAGUUUACUCCCCUGAAGGUACAUUGUUUACUAGAGGACCAGGGACAUAUAAACUACCCGGUAUGGGAGACAUUCCUAGCGAGUUUAAUGUGUCUUUGUUGAAAGGAACGUCCAAUCCUCGAGCAGUAUAUUCUUCGAAGGCUGUGGGCGAACCCCCGUUAUUUUUAGCUUCAUCCAUACUUUUCGCGAUUAAAAAAGCGAUUAUAUCGGCCAGAAUGGAUAACAAUGCAAAGGGUUUCUUUGAAUUGGACGCGCCCGCAACAUCUGCCAAAAUACGAAUGGCUUGUACAGAUAACAUAACGGCUAAGCUCGAAGAUCCCGAACCUGGAACGUUCAAGCCUUGGAAUGUAAUCGUGUAAAAUAACAGAAAAAAAUAUAUAAACAGUAUUUUGUAUUUUAUUUAAGUUGGUUUAUAUCUGGAGAAUAAAUAGUAUCUAUAAAGGAAAGUAACCAAAUAUGGA